AUGCUGGCUUGUACGGAGAUGAUCACUAUGUGCCUGCAGUCGGCCAAACAGAAGCAUCUUCGGGCUCAGCAGCAGCAGCAGCAGCAGUCGCUGCACAGCGCAGGACAAGGGCUUACUAUCUUUCAUGAUAUUUUCCGUCGAGCAGACAAAAAUGAUGAUGGCAAGCUGUCAUUUGAAGAGUUCAACACUUACUUCGCGGAUGGUAUCCUGACUACUGAGGAGUUACAGGAGCUUUUCUACUCCAUAGAUGGCCAACAGAAUAACAAUCUGGACACUGACAAGCUAUCAGAUUAUUUUUCUCAGCACCUGGGGGAAUAUCUCAAUGUUCUUUCAUCUUUGGAGAGCCUGAAUAUUGCCAUUUUAAAGGCGAUGGAUAAAACUAAAGAGGAGUACCAGGGUUCCAGUGUGUUGGGUCAGUUUGUCACCCGGUUCAUGCUGCGAGAGACGUCCAGUCAGCUGCUGUCUCUGCAGAGGUCGCUGCAGUGUGCCAUGGAAGCUGUGGAGGAGCAGAGCAGCCCUGCCCCGAGAGAGGUAAAGGCACCGGAUCUGACAGCAGUAAAGAAGAAUGGCAGGCGGUGUGGUCGCAGGAUCCAUAAUAACCUGUGCAUGUCCCCAUCAGAUCCCUGCUCUGGCAUCCUGACCACAGGCGUGAACAUAGAGGAUGGAGAGAACUGGUGCUCUCAAAUCACCAGGCUGCAGCAGCUCCUGGAUAAACUGGAGUGUCAGAGUCCGAAGUUGGAGCCACUGAAGGAAGAUACACUGGCCAGCACGUACAAGUCUCAGAACAUCAUGCUGGUACAGAGGCAGAUGGCAGUGGCCGAAGACGAUCUGGAUAACUUCCAGAAAGUUCUGAAAAGCUAUAUUGAUGCCACCUCAGCUCACUCUGACAACCUGCACGUGUCCGUUCAGAAGCUCCAGAGAAAGUCGUGUUACAUAAUUUAUGAGUUCUGGCAAAACCGCAUCUCCUGGAUGAGCUACCUACAGUCCAACGACAGUAAAGAUUUUCAACGUUGCAUCAUUGACAUGUUGGAGGAUGCUGAAGUAGUAUCUACUAUGUUGCUCCCAGCUUCCUGGUGGAUUAUGACUAACAACUAA